CGUAGUUUUUCAUCCGACUGUAUAUUUCAUUUUGAAACCCUCUCGAGUCUUAGCCCAAAACAAAAGAGGGUUUAAUUAGUCGUCAGUAGUGCUCAACGGAUGUUUAACAAUACUCUGCUUCAUCUUCCUCGUCCCAUUCUUCCUUCUUUCGCCAGUUGUCGAGCCUGCAGGAAGAUUCUUUCAAAAAGAAUGAGUACUGCAAUGGAACCUAAAGUUCGAAAAUUCGAAUCUGUUAAAGGAGCUGAUCUUGAUUCAAUAAGUAAACCUGAUGGCAUCAAUCUCCGUCUGGUUUCCUAUAACAUACUAGCUCAGGUUUAUGUGAAAAGCUCAUUUUUCCCACACUCUCCACCUGCCUGCCUCAAAUGGAAAGCUCGUUCACAUGCCAUUCUUAGCGUUCUGAAAACCCUCCAGGCUGACUUCUUUUGUUUGCAGGAAGUAGAUGAGUACGAUAGCUUUUACAGAAAAAACAUAGAGUCUCUGGGCUACUCUGGAAUUUAUAUUCAGAGAACCGGACAGAGAAAGCGUGAUGGUUGUGCAAUCUUCUACAAGCCUAGCUGUGCAAAGUUAGUCACCAAAGAACGGAUCGAAUACAAUGAUCUUUUGGACUCAGUAAAAGCAGAUAGUGCUUCCUGCAACGAACAGAAGAUUGAGACCUCCAACGAAGCAAAAGGUGUUGAGAAAGCUAAAGACAAAAAAGAUUCUGGAAAAGACAGCCGUGACCUUAAUGAUCCACAAGUGAGACUAAAACGCGACUGUGUUGGAAUAAUGGCUGCUUUUAGGAUCAACAAGCCGUUUCAUCACAUGGUCAUCGUGGCCAACACACAUCUUUACUGGGACCCGGAGUUGGCUGAUGUGAAGCUUGCACAAGCCAAGUAUCUACUCUCACGAUUAGCUCAGUUCAAGACGCUAAUAUCAGAUGAAUUCGGGUGCACACCUUCCUUGUUACUAGCUGGUGACUUCAAUUCGAUUCCUGGGGAUAUGGUGUAUAGUUACCUAGUAUCGGGUUAUACGAAACCGUCAGAGACCAUAGAGGAAGAAGAAGAAGCUCCACUACCUAUGUGUAGUGUCUAUGAAAUGACAAGAGGAGAGCCUAAGUUCACAAACUGCACUCCAGGCUUCACAAACACACUUGACUACAUCUUCUUAUCUCCUUCAGACUUCAUCAAACCUGUGAGUAUCCUCCAACUACCUGAACCAGAAUCUCCAGACGUUGUUGGUUUCUUACCUAAUGAUCAUCACCCAAGUGAUCAUUUACCAAUAGGAGCUGAGUUUGAGAUCAGUCGGGAAUAGAAGAAAAUUUUGUUUGCAUUUGUUUAAUUAAUGUUUUUGUAGCAGUGAAACAUACACAAUACCAAGUGUUGAAGGACUUGCAUUAUUUUUGUUUCUUUCAUAGGUUUUAAUUGGAUUUUGAAAGAACAUUUGGAUUCUGUAGAGUUAUCAUUCAGCAUAAACUUUCCCUUCGUUUUACCUU